GCAAAAUUCAUCAUUCUCUCGUUGCAAUUAGCACAUAGCAUUCAAUUUUCGUAAAUUAAACUCUGUUUGUUCUACAGACUACAAUGGCGUCUACAGCUGCAAAGAAAACUUCUGCCCCAAAGAAACCCAGAUCUCAUCCACCUUAUGCUGAGAUGAUAUCAGAAGCGAUAGUGGCGUUAAAGGAGAGAACUGGUUCAAGUCAAGUGGCGAUAGCGAAAUUCAUUGAGGAAAAGCAAAAGGAUUUGCCUUCCAAUUUCAGGAAAUUGCUUUUAGUUCAGUUGAAGAAGCUUGUUGCUUCCGGCAAACUCACAAAAAUCAAGGGCUCUUUCAAGCUGGCCCCAGCCGCCGCUAAGCCAGCUGCUCCGGCGAAACCAAAGAAGACCGCCGUCGCUGCCGGAGCUGCGAAGACUAAAGCUGUGGCUCCGAAGAAGGUUGUGGUGAAGAAGGCCAAAGCAGCAGCGCCGGCGAAGAAAGCUAAGAAGACGGUUGUUGUUGUUCCGGCGAAACUGAAGAAAACUCCGGUGAAGAAACCGGCGGUUGCUAGAGUGAAGAAAACUCCGGUGAAGAAACCGGCGGUUGCUAAAGUGAAGAAAACUCCGGUGAAGAAACCGGCGGUUGCUAAAGUGAAGAAAACUCCGGCGAAGAAGGUUGUGAAGAAGCCGAAGAGUAUUAAGUCACCGGCUAAGAAAGCAAAGAAAUGAAAGGUGUUAGGGGUAUUUUAGUCAUUUUAGGUUAAAUGGGUGUUGACUCACUGUACAUUUUUUUUUUUAUCUCGUGUUAUCAAUUUUAAUUUUUUUGGUGUUGUUUUUUAGGAUUGUUAUCUUGUGUUAGGGUUUGUUUUAGGAGUAUGACUUGUGCUCAUUGUCAUAUAAGUUUGAAUAGUAACAAAUAUGUUUUUUUUAAGAUAUGAAGAACAAUGUUCGUA